GCAGAGGGAAACGGGCGCGCAGGGUAGAUGACAUUGUGAAAUCCCGGGAGCCUAAACGCAAAUGGAGUAGCAAGAAACGCUUUCUCAACAAACUAUUUCCGCCUUAAAACGUGAAGAAUUUCAAGAAUUUUGCACCUCGCUCACAACGAACUAGUUAGCUAGAGGCAACAGCUUUUUCUUAAACUAGUUAGCGAACUUACUUUAGUUGCUGCCACCUUUGACCAAGAAAAAGGAGAAGUCACAACUUGCACUUUGAGGGUUGUUCUGCAGGAAUGUCGCAGAAAGAAAGACCUACGUUUUAUCGGCAGGAGGUGACCAAGACGAUUUGGGAGGUACCAGAACGCUACCAGACCCUGUCUCCAGUCGGUUCCGGGGCCUACGGAUCAGUUUGCUCGUCGUACGAUCAGAAGACGGGUAUGAAGAUCGCUGUGAAGAAGCUCUCCCGGCCUUUCCAGUCCUUUAUUCACGCCAAGAGAACCUACAGAGAGCUUCGGCUGCUCAAGCACAUGAAGCAUGAGAAUGUGAUCGGCCUUCUAGAUGUUUUCACACCUGCUACUAGUCUGGAGGAGUUCAAUGAUGUGUACCUGGUGACCCACCUGAUGGGGGCAGACCUCAACAACAUAAUCAAGUGUCAGAAGCUGACAGACGACCAUGUGCAGUUCCUCAUAUACCAGAUCCUCCGGGGGUUAAAGUAUAUCCACUCAGCAGAUAUCAUUCACAGAGACCUGAAACCCAGCAACCUGGCUGUGAAUGAGGACUGUGAGCUGAAGAUUCUUGACUUUGGGCUGGCGCGGCACACAGACGAUGAGAUGACUGGUUACGUUGCCACUCGCUGGUACAGGGCCCCAGAGAUCAUGCUAAACUGGAUGCAUUACAACAUGACAGUGGACAUUUGGUCUGUGGGAUGUAUCAUGGCUGAACUCCUCACUGGCAGAACUCUGUUUCCCGGUACUGACCAUAUAAACCAGCUUCAACAGAUAAUGCGUCUGACAGGAACGCCCCCAGCCUCUCUAAUAAGCAGGAUGCCAAGCCACGAGGCAAGGAACUACAUCAAAUCCUUGCCUCAGAUGCCCAAGAGGAAUUUUUCUGACGUGUUCAUUGGAGCCAACCCCCAAGCUGUGGACCUGCUGGAGAAGAUGUUGGUUCUGGACACAGAUAAGAGGAUCACGGCUGCCGAGGCUCUGGCCCACCCCUACUUCUCCCAGUACCACGACCCAGACGACGAGCCCGAGGCUGACCCCUACGACCAGAGCUUUGAGAGCCGCGAUCUGGACAUCGAAGAAUGGAAACGGCUGACCUUUGAGGCGGUAUGUGAUUUUGAGCCACCCAUCUUCGAUGAAAACGACAUGGAAUCUUGAUUGGGCGAUGUGAUUUCUACAAGCCCCUCUCCCGUCAACACCAAACGUCUCUAUCACUGAGGUUCCCUCUUAUCAGACGACCUUUUGGAAUAAUAGUAUCAUCAGAGUGCCUGCAAAUGUUUGUCCAUUGUUAUUUUUCUUAAGCUCACGCUCUCUCUCCUACCAUUUUGAAUCCGUAAGGUGUUGCAAGGGAAACGUUACAAAAAAUAGCCUGGUCCCAGAUUCGUUGGUGCUGUGGCAUGACAGUGGCCAUGGGAGUUGGCUGUACAACCCAAACAGAUAUGGGACCAGGCUAGAACUACAAUGGAGGAGAGGAGAGCGACAUUUUAAGGGCUGUUAAAUCGGUGUUAACAAAUACUGAUUGUAUGUGUCUACUACCGUGUAUUUUCAAGGGAGAAACGGAGGCAAGCAGAAAACAACCACUAAUACCAUUAUUGGUCCAUUUCUGAAAAAUGUCAUGCUUUUAUUAUUCUGUCUAUAUUUGUGUCCCAAAUGGCACCCUAUUCCCUAUUUAGUGCUCUGCUUUUGACCAGGGCACUAUAUAGGGAAUAGGAUGCUAUUUGGAAUAAAAUCUAUAUUUAAACUAGUUUUGUAUUCUUCCUUCAGAAGUUUUAUUAUUAUGAAAGUAUUGCUCACCACUGUAUUCUCUUGCUCACCACUGUAUUCUCUUGCUCACCACUGUAUUCUCUUGCUCACCACUGUAUUCUCUUGCUCACCACUGUAUUCUCUUGCUCACCACUGUAUUCUCUUGCUCACCACUGUAUUCUCUUGCUCACCACUGUAUUCUCUUGCUCACCACUGUAUUCUCUUGCUCACCACUGUAUUCUCUUGCUCACCACUGUAUUCUCUUGCUCACCACUGUAUUCUCUUGCUCACCACUGUGAUAUCCGAAAGAAAUUAGAUGCUGAAUUGAAACAUCCGUAAAAUGUGUUCUGAUUGAAUCAUUUCAUGAUGUGUAUCAUCUGAAAUGUGCAAUAAUGCUUGUCUGUCACUCGCGCUCUGCCAAUCUACCAAUCACAGCGUUCGUGUCAGACUCCCCUGGCUUUGUUUUCCUGUCAGUCACAGCACUGGUGUCAAGACUCCCAGGCGCUUCAGAAACCGUUGAUGAUCUUCUUUAAUGGAUCUGCUAUAUGACAUAGGAUGUGUCCCAAAUGGAACUCUAAUACUGCAGUACUAAAUGCGGAAGACUAUUUCAGUUGAAUGCAUUGAGUUGUGCAACUGACUAGGUAUGUUCCUUUCCUUUGAACAGGGCCCAUAGGCUUAUGGUCAACAGUAGUGCACUAAUAUAGUGAAUUGGGGACCAUUUGGAAUGCACAUAGGGAUUCAUUCUAUUCUUCAACAUUGUUAUGAACUUUUUAACUUUGGAAAUGUUUUAGCUGUGAGAAAUGUUUCAAUAUACCACGUUGCAGAUUAGUUCCCCCUCCCCCAAAGUGUGAAUACUGUUCAAUGCCAGCGCCAGACCAUAGGAUGUUUAAUACCUUUUACAUUGUUAGUCAUUUUAACAGACGCUCUUAUCCAGAGCAACCUACAAGAGCAAUUGGGGUUAAGUGCCUUGCUCAAGGGCACAUCGACAGAUUUUUCACCUAGACCGCUCAGGGAUUCGAACUAACCGCUAGGCUACCUGCCGCCCAUUUAAUGCUCACAAACCCUAAAAUCAUUAUUCAGCUAAUUGAAUACCCAAAUGAUGGAAUUCUGGCAGAUUCAGACAAUUUUUGUGGCUUCCUCUCGUCCUCAUCUCCUUGAUCUGCACCGAGGUAAAGGAACUGGACAGGAGAAAGCGAAGGCCUGUUAGGGGUCAACCAUAUUGCUUUCAACUGUUCUGUGUUUUCAGAACACAACUGUGCAGAUGACGGACACAAUGGAAGGAAGCCACUAGAAUAUUGAGAUACAGCCCGAGUCAGAAUAAAUAACCGUGAUAGCCCCAGGACUCUAGUUGAACCAUGCUGCACUCCAUUGAAUAGCCCCAGGACCCUAGCCUAGUUGAACCAUGCUGCACUCCAUUGAAUAGCCCCAGGACUCUAGCCUAGUUGAACCAUGCUGCACUCCAUUGAAUAGCCCCAGGACUCUAGCCUAGUUGAACCAUGCUGCACUCCAUUGAAUAGCCCCAGGACUCUAGCCUAGUUGAACCAUGCUGCACUCCAUUGAAUCGCCCCAGGACUCUAGCCUAGUUGAACCAUGCUGCACUCCAUUGAAUAGAGAAUUAAUUCUGGUUUCACCACUUUCCAUAUUGACACUUUAAAACCAGAUGGAGUUGAUAUGAGCCACUGUGGGUUGUCAAUGAAUGUGCCAAUCAACGUGGCAUUAAGUAAACUAGGAAAAAUAUGUAUUUUUGGGUACAAAAUCAACUCAAAUGUAUGUAAAUAUCUGUUCUAUAUUUUUAAAUCUUCAUGACUUUUGGUUUGUUGAAUUUAAACAAUCUUCAUUAUCAGCAUGUUCAUCAUUUGUGCGUGUGUGUUUUGAAUGUGUUAACAGGAGCUUGACGUGUCAUGCUUAAAGCCGCAAAAUAGAAAAAUGUAAAUCGAUGUCAAAAAGAAAUGAGGGAAUUGCUUAGUUAUAUUUAUACUUUGUUGAGGUGGUAUUUCAACUGGAGAGAGAUACUGUUGUUUAUCCCCAUAGAAGCCAAUCCCCAUAGAAGACUGACAUCUAACAGAGUAACCUAUCUUUACAGCAGAGUAACUAUUACUAUAAUUAAUGCCUUUGUUUAUAAAGAAAUAAAGACAGUUAUUUUUAAGUCUA